GAGCAAAACAAAAAAGAAGUUGCGAAAUCCAUUGCCAUUUAAAUCGUGUCUAAGGAGAUAUUCUGCGACGAAAAAACGGCCAACUAAAUGGGAAACAUGUCGGGAUCACAACAGGACGAUAGUGGCGACUCGGAUGUCUUCGAUUUGGACGGUCUGAGUGGCGAAAUGCUCAGCGAAAACUACUUGUUCUUCAUCUUCAGGCAGCUAGUGAAUAGGUACGGGGACUUGCACGGCUUGAGCACAGACGAGGAGGAACAAAUCCACUACCAAAACCCAAAGUUGCCAGUGAUCAAGAAGAAACCCAAUCUCGAGGUUUUACAGAGAAGCGAAAUUUAUCAGAGUGUUCGCGAGGCAUCGGGUUUGAAAAUGAAUGAAAAAAACGAGGAGGUGAAAAAUUCGUUGAUGCACAUGCUGGCACAUCGCCAAAGCUGCGGACCCUUCAAACGGAGCGCAAAAGUGAAUAUCGGGAACUUGUUUCUGCCAUCGUCAUCUAAACAUCUCAAAAAAUUGGCAGCCAAAGUGUUUUGUGGCGUGUAUUCGCGCGACGGGCAAUACUUUGUGACUGCCUCGCAAGACUCCUCGAUCCGAGUUUAUGACGCUUCGACACCAAAAUACCGACCAAUGAACCACAUUCAGGGCAAGCACGUGAACUGGUGCCUGCUCGACCUCAAUUUUAGUCACGACAACGAGUGGUACGUGUACUCGACGUGGAGCGAUUGUCUCCAUAUCAAUCGUCUCGAGGGCAACGACACCGAUGUCACAUGCCUUCAUCUGAAUCCCGACUUACAGAGGUUCGCGACGUUCUCGGCGACCUUUUCCAACUGCGGCAAAGAAAUUAUCGCGGGUUGCAACGAUUCCUGCGUUUAUGUCUAUGACGUCGCGGGCGACACUCGAAGCAUGCGAGUUCGCGUAACAGAUGGCGCUGACGUAAAUUGCGUCGGAUUCCUCAAUGACACGUCGGAAAUUUUCUUCAGCGGCACAGACGACGGAAUUAUCAAGAUUUGGGACAAACGGUGCUUGAACGAGACAGAUCCGCAACCAGCUGGCGUCUUGGUUGGGCAUUAUGACGGCAUCACGUUCAUCGAUUCACGAAAUGACGGAAGAUAUUUGAUCAGCAACUCAAAAGAUCAAAGUAUAAAGUUGUGGGAUUUGCGAGUUUUUUCGCCAAAGGAAGCGGAAGAAAAUGCCGUGCAACGGAACACGAACGGAUCGAUAUUGUGGGACUACAGAUGGGACAAAAUUCCGAAGAAUUAUUACAAUGUAACAAGGUGCUUGGAUGGAGAUACGAGUAUUAUCACGUACCGGGGGCAUCGGGUACAAAAAACACUUAUAAGGGCUCGAUUCUCGCCGCAAGCAACCACAGGGCAGCGAUACAUCUACACAGGUUGCGGAACUGGACGUUUAGUGAUAUAUGACAUGUUAACAGGAAAAAUCGUGAAAGCAAUCAAGUCGCACAAUGAAAUCGUCCGAGACGUUGCAUGGUCCCAAAAUCGCCCCGAGAUCCUCACCAGUUCUUGGGAUGGCUACGUAAACAUUGUGAGCCCUUCGAGAGAGACAGACACGACGCGCGAAAGUCGCAACAGCAAAAGAUUCCGGUCCGAGAAUCGAGAUGACGACAGCGACGAUGACGUGCCCGAGCCACAACCGCCUCUAAGACGAUCCAAACGUAUUGCACAACGCGUGGCGCAAUCCGAAAUACUCUAAAAUGCGGUGUUCGAUACUUAUUCGCGCUUAUCUCUUGAUAUUACGAGGAAGGGUUUCAUUCCGAAAACUGACUUACUUUUUAAUUUUAUAGUCUCCUUAUCUAAAUUUUUUAGUUUUUUAUGUAUGAUAGUCAAACGUUGCCUCAAAAAAACAAAAAAAAAAUAUUUUGGAAUGAUUUUUUAAUUAGAACAAAAAAUAACAUGAAACAUCGCAUAAAUAUGAAGAGAAAAAAAAAUGUUUUAAAGACAUUCAAUUUCUUAUGUUGGAUUUUGAUUGAAUCUAUAUGAAAUAUAUAUUGUAUAAGAAAUUGAUUGAAAUUAAGGGUUAUAUUGAAUAUUUAAUAAAUAA